AUGGGUCUUAAAACUCCGCAAUUAAAUUAUAAAGCUUAUGCCUAUAAAAACAAAAAUUAUCCACUUGAAAUAAUUGAUGAAACAAUAAAUUUAGUAAAAGGAUCAAAUGGAGAAUAUGUUGCACCAAAAGGUAAAAUAUUAUUAAAAAUCAAUUAUGCAUCAAUAAAUCCAGUUGAUUAUAAGUUAUAUCAUGUAAAACCUGCAUUUUUAAAAUUUAUAAAUGAUAAACAAGGAUUUGGUAGAGAUUUCAGCGGUCAAGUCAUUUCAAUUGGUUCAAAUACUGAUACUGAAGUUAAAGUUGGAGAUUUUGUUCAAGGAAUAUAUACUCCAAUAUUAGCAAGUGGAUCAUGUUCACAAUAUCUUUUAUUAGAUCCUAAAAAUUCACCAAUAACAACUAAACCAACAAAUAUAGAUUUAGCUAAAGCUGCAUCAUGGCCAUUAGUUUUGGGAACAGCAAUUGGAUUAUUAAAAGACCUUCCUUUAAAAGAUUCAAAAGUUGCAGUAUUAGGUGGGGCUACCUCAGUGGGUAGAUAUGUUAUUCAAUUGGCUCAUAAUGGAGGAGCUAGAGAAAUAGUUACUACGAAUUCACCAAAGAAUGCUGAAUUAUUAACGGAAUUGGGUGCUACUCAUCAAAUUGAUUACAGGAAACAUCCAAAUUUCUUACCACAAUUCUUAGAAAGUGUUAAAGAGACUGGAGAAUUUGAUUAUAUAAUUGAUUGUUAUGGUGGUACACAAUUAUUUCCUGAAAUAAAUCACAUUUUGAAAAAAGGUGGUGCAUAUCAUACAAUUGUUGGUGAUGCUGGUGGACAUGGAUUUGCAGCAUUAGUUGGAUCUAUUAAAUCAAGUUUAAGAAUGAUUUCUUCAAACUUAGGUUUAAUUGAUUAUCAUUAUCAAAUAUCUUUAUUAGAUAAUAAUGGAGGUUGGAUUUAUGGUGCAAGAGAUUUAAUUCAAGAAGAUAAAGUUAAAAUUUUUAUUGAUAGUAUAUAUCCAUUUGAAGAUUUGAAAGAUGCUGUUGCAAAAUUAGAAAGUGGUAAAGCUGACGGUAAGAUUCUAAUUGAAGUUGAUAAACCAGUUGCUUAG